UUUAUUAUUAUCUUUCCCGAAAAUGGAGGCCAUUAAAAAGAAGUCUGCCCCGACCCAGCCCCCCUUCUUCCUCCUGUGUGACUGGCUCCGUUUCUCUUUCGUCCACUUGCUCGCUGCAACAUCAAACCCAGCCCCCCAUCAAGAACCCCGGAAGGGAGCACCCGAAUCCGUCGGCGGCAGAGACCGAUCCAUCCAUCCAUCAUACCCCAUCUGAUCCAUCCAUCCAUCCGAGAGCAGCAGCAGCAGCCAUGGAGGUUCUAAUGGGGCCUACUCUGCGGAUCGACCGGGUGAGGAGCGACCUCGACUCGGGCAUCGAUGAGGAGGAGUCCUCCGACAGCUCAAUCGGUGCGCCGGACGACAGCGAGGAGGAGGACGAGGAGGUGGAAGAAGAGGAGAGAGACGACGAACAUGACGACGGCGGCGGCGCCUCGUCGGAUAAGGGGAAGCUGAGGAAAGGGUCCGGCUCUCUCGGCAAUUUGGCAUCUCUCGAAGAUUCCCUGCCCAUCAAGAGAGGGCUGUCCCUCCACAUCUCGGGGAAAUCGAAGUCGUUCACGAAUCUGGCGGAGGCGAGCAUCGGGACGGUGAAGGAUCUGGAGAAAACAGAGCACCCCUUCAACAAGAAGAGGCGGAUGCUCCGUUGGUCGAGGAACAACUUCUCCGGGUACUAUAAGUGGUCGAACCCCAGGUCGAUGCCGGUCUUGCCCCUGAUCGAGGACGAGGAAGACGACGACGACGAGAGAGACGAGGAAGGAGGCGACCACAACAACAACAGAUCCCCCGACAUGGACCCAAGCUCCCCGGGAAGCAAACAGAGACAUAGGCACCGUGUGUUGAAGUCCAGAAGCUGUUUCGCCCUUGCAGAUUUGCCUGAGGAAGAAGAUGAUGAUGAUUAGUAAACUAGCCCAUUUUUCUCUCCUUUUUUUAUUUUCCUUUUCUUUUAUUUGCCUUUCUUUUUAUCCUUUCCUUUUUUUUUUUUUCUUAUUUUUGCCCUCUGACAGGUGUUUGUUUCCCAAUAUAUAAAAAUGGAGAUAAAUAAAUGGAUAAAAUUU